AUGUCCUUUGGUCGACCGCCAAAUACCGUCUCAUACGCUCCUUCACCUCCUGAGCGAGGAAGUUUUCCCCUAGAUCAUGAUGGUAGUGGAUACUAUCUAAUGUCCAUGUUAGAGUCCUUCCAUAAUAACGCACUGCAUUAUACUUCAAUAGGAGAGUGUAAACAUUUGAUAAAAGAAUAUCUUCGGUGUCUCAGACAGAAUUCGGGAGACAAUGGAAACUGUAAGAAUUUAUCAAAGGCUUAUUUGAAAUGUAGGAUGGAAAAGGGCCUAAUGGCUCAUGAUGAAAUGAGGAAUCUGGGAUUUCAAGAUGAUGAUAAUGAAAAUGAUUCCUCAAAUAAGAUAGCGAAAGAUUCCAAUGAAAAUAGUUAG